AUGUUGUCUAAACCAUUCAAACCGCUCAAAUUUCGGCAGGCCGCUCUCACCGAUGACGCCGCCACAACUGAAAUUCCACCCUCGAAACGACGAAAGCUCAGUCCUCCAGACGGGCAGGCAGAUGAGUCUGACCCUUUCAUACUGCCUAGAUAUGCCUCGGAGCGACCGUCGUCCGGCGCUCCCAGACAACCCCUGAAGCAGAUCACGAAUCCUGCUAGUCCUACACAGCAAGAGGAGGAGGCCGGCACUGGCGGGUUUGACAGUUAUUAUUCCGUUUUAUGGCGUCUUCCUACGAACAAGAAGAACAAAACCUGGACAGAUGACGGGGUGCUAGCCAUUAGAGGUGGCUAUGCAACACUGUAUAACAAUACAGGGAAGAGCAUUGGCCGCAUCGCCUUGUCAUCGCCCCUGCUGCCCGGCUCCAAUCUGACCAUGGGCGGGAAAGAGGUGGAGGUCGAUUCAUGCAUCAAAAGGACCGAAUAUCUCAAAUAUGUCAACGCAAGCACCAAGCCUGCGAAGGAGAAGCCCGACACCGAAUCUGGCUCACCUUCCUCCAACCAGCAACCGAAACUGAGCAUGCAGGCUCAGAUGAAAGCUCAUAUACAGAAGCAGAAGACACAGGUGCCGAAGCAAGCUGCUCUCCAUCCACUUGGCGGCCCAGCUUUCAAGCCGCCGGUUAAGGAAACAAGGGUUCUCGCACGGACCUCAGGUGGUACCCCUACUCCGCGACAUGAUCCUGCUGCGCCAGGCGCUCUCGUCUUCAAGAGACCUCCAAGUCCGCCUGAAGGUCGUCAGACGGUUGAUGUGGUUCUCGACCCUCAUGUCGCCAAGACGCUGCGUCCACAUCAGCGGGAGGGAGUCAAAUUUCUCUAUGAAUGUGUUAUGGGACUGAAGGACUUCGAUGGCCAAGGGUGCAUUCUCGCCGACGAAAUGGGAUUGGGCAAGACCUUGACCACUAUAUCUCUUCUGUGGACCUUGCUCCGGCAGAAUCCGGUCUUCAGGGACCCCCCUGUGGUCAGAAAGGCGCUCGUUGUGUGCCCUGUCUCCCUCAUCCGGAAUUGGAAACGCGAAUUUAAGAAAUGGCUUGGCCGAGACCAACUGGGAGUGAUGGAGUUCGAAGAGAAACGCACGCGUCUGAGCGACUUCGACGGCCGGGUUUUCCAGGUCAUGAUUAUCGGAUACGAAAGGUUGCGUAUGGUGGCCGAUAACCUUGCAAAGAGCCAUUCCAUCGACCUUGUCAUAUGCGACGAAGGUCAUCGACUCAAGACGAUGAAGAAUAAAGCAGCCCAAGCCAUCGAAUCAUUAAACACCAAGCGUCGGAUCAUCUUGUCAGGGACGCCCAUUCAGAAUGACCUGGGCGAGUUCUUUUCCAUGGUCAACUUUGUCAAUGACGGUGUUCUGGGAUCCCAAAAGGGCUUUAUCAGAGACUAUGAGAAGCCUAUCAUGAGAAGCCGGCAGCCAGACGCAACUGCGGAAGAGAUCGAGCGCGGCCAGGAAGCUAGCGAAGAUAUGAGCCGUACAACGUCGCCGUUCAUAUUGCGGAGGACCGCCGAUAUUCUGUCGGACUUCUUGCCCCAGAAGACGGAGUACGUGCUUUUCUGCAAACCAACCCCGGCUCAAGCAAAGAUCUACCGGAACGUCAUUCGUUCUCCGAUGUUCCACUCGGCGUUGCGCAGUCAGGAUACAGCCCUUCAAAUGAUCACCAUCUUGAAGAAGCUCUGCAACAGUCCGGCACUGAUGGACCCUAUGAGUGGCAACGAUGACGCGACUCCGUCUUCAUCGCUCGUGGCGCUGAAUGACAUGCUACCCGACGGGUUCUCAAGGCUGUACCAGAACUCUGUCUCUAGUAAGAUCCGGCUCCUCGACCAACUGCUUCAAAACAUCCACCGUACCACGGAUGAAAAAGUCGUUGUCAUCUCCAAUUAUACGUCGACACUCAAUUUGAUCGAACAGCUGGCGAAAAACUCAAAUUUCGAGUCUCUCCGCCUAGAUGGCUCUGUUCCGGCGAAGAAGAGACAAGCUCUGGUCGAUCAGUUCAACCAGUCACCACCCGCCAAAGCCUUUCUCUUCCUGCUGAGUGCUCGAGCCGGUGGAGUGGGACUUAAUUUGAUAGGAGCCAGCCGACUCGUACUGUUUGAUGUGGACUGGAAUCCCGCAACGGACGAUCAAGCGAUCGCACGCAUUCACCGGCAAGGUCAGAAGCGGCAUUGCAAGAUCUACAGAUUUCUCAUCAAGGGUGGACUAGAGGAGCGCAUCUGGCAGCGGCAAGUAGUCAAGAGAGCGCUAGCGGACAGCAUCAUGCAGGGCGGAGCCGGUGCUGGGGCCAACUCUUUUGGGCCAUCGGGCAGGGGCAAAGGAAGCAUAUCAACCUUCAGCCAAGACGAGCUCAGAGAUCUCUUCCGUUUGGAUGAGAGUGAAGGCCUGCGCACUCACGACUUGAUUGACUGUCGUUGUGAAGGCGCCGGGCAGGAGGCUGGGGAGGAACGCGAUAUAGUCCCACCUCUUGCUGACGGCGACGGAAAUGAAGCUUGUGACGACGGGUCUCUGGUACCGGUCACAACGUCUAGCACUCCCUCUCCGACAACAACUCCCGGGAGCUCGAGGAGACCGGGCGUCGCAGGCAAAGAGGCUCACACCAUUCCGCCAGCGCAAUCUGAAACAGGUCACGUAGCAGAGAAGCAUGAGUUGAUGCAGUACCGGCACAUUAACACCUCUUUGUUACGCCAAGCGGAAGAUGGAGAUGACAACGACGACUUCAAGGCCAACAUCCUCUCAGCAGUGGAGGAUGCAUGUCUCGAGCAUGUUCUCAAGCUCGAUCGGGACAUGGUAGGUGGAGGUGGUGUGUCAUACGUCUUCAAGAAGGUAAGGGGAAUUCAAGGUCUGUGA